CAAGAAGAACACAGCUUCCAACUCUGUUUACCACGGAGUACGUUUUGAUUCGGUAUGGGGCAUGGCAGUGGUCCUGCUGCUGCUGUUGAUCAGCAAGGGUGCAGAGUCCUUCCCGUCAUCGAGGAGGAGCCGGAGCCGGAGCAGGCGGAGGGCGAGGGCUUGCCGGAGGAGAUGACGAGGCUGGCCGAGCGCAGGAAGGCCAUUGUGGCCAGGAUGCGGGAGCUCCUCAGCCGAGCCGCCGCCGCGCAGUCUGCUCACCACAAGCUCCGCCGCUCCACAGUCGCCACCGCCAAGAAAUGGAAGAGGGCCGUCGGCCGGAUUCAGAGGAGGUGCAAGAACCAUCAGCAGGUAUCAGCAGCUCUGCAGGAAGACGGCAUGCUGAGCUCGUCCUCGUCCAUCUCCAGCCAGAGCAGCUUCACCUGGGACGCCGCCGCCGCAGAGACCUGCUGCUUGUCCCCUGCCGACCGCUCGCCGCUGCUGUGGCCGGCUUUCGUAUCCACGCAGCGAGCCGGAACGACGGCGGAUCAGCGGCCGGCGACGAGCGUGCUGCGGCUGUCGUGCGGCAGCUCGUGGUCCGAGGAUGAUGGCAUGAGGAUGGCUCACUGGGUCACCACGGAUUCCGACUUUGUCGUGUUGGAGCUCUAGCGAUGGAGAUGCGCAACAACAAGGACUGAUCGAGGCACAACAACUUCGCAAGAAGAUUGAUUUCGUUGCAAAACCUGUGCAUGGGCCCGCCCAAUCCACAGAAUCAAGCAGCCGGCCUGCCUCGUCUGGUCCGAUCGCGCAUAUGGGCUAGGCUAAGUGACCAUCGACCUUGGGCUUUUGGAGGCCUUCCCCAAGGCUGGCUGGCUGGUUGUUCUUCCUCGCUGAAUGGGCCGUAACACACCUACCGAAUGGGCCAUAUAGGG